AUAGAAGUUAAUCGAAAGUUUAUUCUUACGCAUGCAUUUACGUGUAUGCGUUUCUUUGGUUAUUUCUCAUCUAAUCUCUUAAAAGAUUCACAGUAUUUAUUAUCUAAAUUUUGCAUGUGCAGUGUUUCUUAUGAAGUGUUGAUUCAGAUUCAGAAUUGUUCAUGCAAUGCUAUUAAAUUAGUACAUUUUUUUUAUUAUUCGUGUAACGGUAGAAAAAAAUGUUUGGAAUAAUUUGUAUAACUUUUUAAGUUUACGACACGCAUAUGUGCAAUACAUUAGAACAACUAAUAUUUAUUUGAAGUUAGGUGGUGAAUAAACCGUCGUUGAAAAGGGGCGCAGAUAGUGAUAAAUCUCGUUUAUCUUUUGUUCAUCCGUGCGGACGGCGUUGGGAGAUACUAUUAGUGAAGAAUUAUCCCGACAAACAGAAAAUAAUUAAGCUAUGACAUCGAUGGAUACGGAUUCUGAAAGCCAGGAUAGUGAUGAUGGGCGUCGAUUCCGCUUUGAAGCUACUCGCAAGGAUGCAGCUAUAAUCCCAGACACUGUGAGUAAAGAGAAAUCGCAUAGGAAGAAAUCAAAACACAGAUCUCAUUUAGAGGAUAAAAAUUAUCGCGAUAGAAAAGAAAGAUCUAAGCAUGAAACUAGUAGAAAAGAGUCUCAACAUUCAAGAGAACGAGACAUUGAUGAAAAAGAAUCUAGACAUAUUACCAAACAUGCAAAAUACGGAACACAUAAAGAUUAUAAAAGCACAAAAGAAAGUGAUUCUACAUCAGUUGAUAAAAAUCUAAAAUAUUCUAUGGACUCAAAAGAUAGAUUACGAGAUUUGAAGCACUCUAGAGAAAGAGAACGUAAUGGUCAUCGUAGAAACUCUCGAGAACAUUCUCGUGAUAGAAGUUACGAUGAUAGAUCAUCUGUAGACAGAUAUAGAAGCAAAUAUCACGAUAGACAUAAAUAUUCUCGACAUAAAAGUCGGGAUAGAUCAUGUCACUCGAAUCGAUUAAAAUUAUUGGAUAAUGACAAAUCUCGAAAUGAACAUGGAAGAUAUGAUUCAAUUAAAAAGACCAAAAAUAAACGACUGCAUCCUUUAGAAAAUGAACAUAGUGCGUAUGAAAAUAUUGAACAGAUUCAUGAUUGUAAUGAAUCUCAUUCAAUGUCAUUGAAUAAAGUUUGCAAAGCAACUACUCCAUUAGAUACACAAGAUUGUAAAGAUUUAGAUUUACGUGAUUUCAAUGUUCUAUCAGAAACAGAUGAAAACAUAUCUGAUAUUUCAGAUUCUAGAAGUUUGUAUUCAUCUUCUUAUUGUCAUAAGACUAAAGUAAGAAGAGAACAGUUAAAAAAUCAAUAUGAAUGUGUAAAUAAAAAACAAGUAGCACCUGAUCAGGAACACGUGGAAGAACUACAAAAGGUAAAUUGCAAGAACAAUACACCACUGUUAAGUUCAAGUAAUAAUAAUCCUAGUGUCAUUUCAGAUACUUUAUUAGAUUCUUUAGAACCAACAUCUAUAAUGAACAAUCAGGUGCAAUCAUUACAAGAAAAAGAUGCAAAAUGUGAUACGUUUAAGUAUCACAGUGAGUCUAGUGAAAAAAAUAAUAGUUUUAUAUAUGGACCAGUGUUACCACCGCAGAUUAAAACAUCUCAAUGUACAUUAAAUGAAAACAAAAGUACAAAUCUGUAUACAUCCUUAUCUACUGAAAAACUUGAAACUAAAGAAUGUAUCGUCAAAGAUAUUAGUGAAGAAGAUUAUAAAAUUGCAUUGAUUGGACCUUGUUUGCCAAAAAUGGAAGAUUCGUCAAAUAAUCAUGAAAAUUCAAAUACAAUGAGUGCUUUAAAUUUGGAAGAAGUAAAUCAGGAACAUCAAGAAUCUCACAGUGCAUCGAAAAAUAUUAAUGAAUUUGUGGAUGACGCUACUGCUUUUGGACCAGCAUUGCCACCUCAUUUAAUAAAACAACCAAAUGAAGGAGACACAAAAAGUAAAUUGAUAGGACCUGUAAUACCAGAAAACCUAAAACUACUUAAUGAGGAAGAACGUAUGGCUAUGUAUUCACAAUUAGAAGAUGAGGAUUCAGAUACGCCCUCUUUAACCGAUUAUGGUGCAACAAAUACUGGCCAAAAAUACCAGGAAUUACAAACUCCUGGAUUACAUUAUUUUCAUGAAAUUAAACAAGAAGUUGCCAAGGAUGUAGUACAUAAACGUGAAACGUGGAUGAUGGAAUUACCUCCAACUCGAGCAGCUGAUUUUGGAUUACGUGCGCGAAAAUUUCGACUUAGACCUGGACCAGACAUGUCUGACAGAUCUUGUUGGACCGAUACUCCAGAGGAUAAGGUUAAAAAACGAAAGGCAGAAGAAGAAGCAGCAGCAUUACGCAGUGUAAAGAAACCAGAUAGCAUCGAGUUACUUAAGGAAAAGCCAAAGAAGACUAAAAAGCAAGAAAAAUCUUUGCUGGAAAUACACCAAAGUAAACUUAAAAAGAGAAAAAAGAAGGAAGAAAAGGAAGCAAAAGCCGCUGGAUUACCAACUAGAAGGCCAUUCGAUCGCAAUAUUGAUUUACAAGUUAAUCGAUUUAUGGAUCCUUCGCAAAAAAGAUCUGUUUUAAUGAAAGCAGGAAUGUUGAAUGAUAGAUUUUCACGUGGACAAAUAUAGUAAUUUUAUUGUGCUUGUAAAACCUCUUGUAGAUUUUGAAUUUUCGUAAUUAUAAUUAGUUACAGCUGAGUGCCUUGAAGUAUAGCAAUAAAAUAAUUUUCAUUGA